UUUGUAAACACGUCAAAGGCUUUUCAUUGGCUGGAGUAGCAAAUAUCCCAACAUUCGCCGUAUUUCGACUUCCUUUUUCGUUUCGGCCAUUUUCUCCCCGGACGGGAAAUAAGUAACCAUGGCCCCCAGUCGGAAUGGCAUGCUUUUGAACCCACAUUUCCAUAAAGACUGGCAGAGAAGAGUCCGCACCUGGUUUAACCAGCCAGCCAGGAAGAUCCGCAGACGAAAGGCGCGCCAGGCUAAAGCCCGCCGAAUUGCCCCCCGUCCCAUUGCAGGCCCCCUCAGGCCCUCAGUGAGGUGUCCCACGGUGAGGUACCACACCAGAGUGCGUUCCGGACGUGGUUUCACCCUUGAGGAGCUGAAGGCUGCUGGUAUCCAUAAGAAGGUGGCCCGCACCAUCGGUAUCGCAGUGGAUGCUCGCCGCCGCAACAGAUCCACAGAAUCUCUGCAGACCAACGUGCAGCGGCUGAAGGAGUACCGCUCCAAACUCAUCCUCUUCCCUAGGAAGGCAUCUGCACCGAAGAAGGGAGACAGCUCUGCUGAAGAGAUCAAGAUGGCCACACAACUUGCUGGACCAGUCAUGCCAAUUAAGAAUAUAUACAAGAAGGAGAAGGCCAGAGUGAUCUCGGAAGAAGAGAAAAACUUCAAGGCCUUCGCCAGCCUGCGUAUGGCCCGCUCCAACGCCCGUCUCUUUGGCAUCCGCGCCAAGAGAGCAAAGGAAGCUGCUGACCAGGACGUGGAGAAGAAGAAAUAAACUCUUUAGUUUCUAUGGAACUUUCAAUAAAAAGCUGCGUGAUAAAA